AUGUUGUUGCAAGUGCAUGCUGUGACAGGGAUCUCGUCAGUUUCGCAAGAUUCACAGGAGUCUUCCGGUUUAAGUGAAGACUCCUGCAAAGCUCACGAUACGGGAAAGAGGGGCCCCAACUGCGGUGGUGGUACAACCAAUUGCAUUCCCGGAAUCGGCCAUGACAUUGCAAAACGUGACUCACGUGGUGGUGGUGGACUGAGACGUUGUGGCUGUGUUGGUGGGACUGCUGCACCCUGCGGUGGGCUAACUGGGGCUGCUACUACCGGUGGACUAACUGGUGCUGCUACGACCGGUGGGCUGAUCGGUGCAGCUGGUUGCGGUGGUGCAACUGCAUACCCACCUCCACCACCACACCUGCCGCCAAGACAACCGUAUUCGCCGAUGGGAGUCGGUCUUGGAGGAGCAACUGGUGGGCUAACUGGAGGUCUAGGUGGAGAAACGGGAGGGCUAACUGGAGGCCUGGGUGGUGAGACGGGAGGGCUCACAGGUGGCCUUGGUGGAGAAACGGGAGGGCUAACUGGAGGCCUAGGUGGAGAAACGGGAGGGCUUACAGGCGGCCUUGGUGGAGAUAUUGGGGGGCUAACAAUAGGCCUAGGUAUACAUUGGCCACCGCCGCCGCCGCCGCCCCCUCCACAGUUGGGGCCUACUGGUGGGAAUGAUCGUGUUGCCAGCUGGCUUGCGGUGUGCAACGUGCAUACCCUCCACCCCACACUGCCGCCAAGACAACCGUAUUCGCCGAUGGGAGUCGGUCUUGGAGGAGCAACUGGUGGGCUAACUGGAGGUCUAGGUGGAGAAACGGGAGGGCUAACUGGAGGCCUGGGUGGUGAGACGGGAGGGCUCACAGGUGGCCUUGGUGGAGAAACGGGAGGGCUAACUGGAGGCCUAGGUGGAGAAACGGGAGGGCUUACAGGCGGCCUUGGUGGAGAUAUUGGGGGGCUAACAAUAGGCCUA